AUGUCGCCCACCGCCCCUGCGACGAAGAAGUUCGGCAAGUCCUCGCGGACUGUGCCUCACCACACCCAGCGGGCCCAGAAGUGGUACCCGGCUGAGGACGAUGCGCAGCCGAAGAAGGUCCGCAAGGCCCUCCGCCCGUGGAACCCCCGCAAGUCCCUGGUUCCCGGCACCAUCCUGAUCCUCGUUGCCGGCCGAUUCCGCGGCAAGCGCGUGGUCCUCCUCAAGAACCUCGACCAGGGUGUUCUGCUGGUCACCGGCCCCUUCAAGAUCAACGGCGUUCCCCUGCGGAGAGUCAACGCCAAGUACGUCAUUGCGACAUCAGAGAAGGUCGACCUGGCCGGCGUCGACGCCAAGAAGAUUGAGGAGAUUGCGGCACCCAACUACUUCACCGCCGACAAGGCCAAGCAGAAGGCUGGCGAGGAGGCUUUCUUCCAGCAGGGCGAGAAGCCCCAGAAGAAGGAGAUUGCGACGACCCGCGUAGCGGACCAGAAGGCCAUCGACAAGGCUCUGAUUGCCAACAUCAAGAAGGUCGAGCUCCUCGGCAGCUACCUGGCAACAUCCUUCAGCCUGCGCAAGGGCGACAAGCCCCACGAGAUGAAGUGGUAG